AUGUCUUCCACUACCAGCCCCGAGUUCAAUCGCCUCGCAAGAUUAUCGCCUCUACAUCCUGCUGGAAUCCUUGAAAAGGCCGGAAUAAAAGUCUGCAUAGUCGGAACCGCUGCAGUAAGACACUUCGGUUCGAAUCUCCUCAUUGGCGACCUCGACCUCGUGAUUGCUGAUUACCAGUUCGACUUGGCACUUUCCCUUCUCCUGGGCCAUGGCUAUUGCGACAUAGGUUUAGAGUCUUGCCAGUCUGGUAUGAUGCCAGCCACAGACAAACCUGGGGACUCGCUCUCCCGUCGACUGCAUUUUCUACCAUCCUCAGAUAUCGUCGUACUCUCUCCCGCUAGCCGCUGGCACCUGGACAUCACUCCUGACACCACUUUCCUCCGGCGUGGUGACCCUUAUCGAUUCCCACAUUUCCACGUCUAUCUCCAAGGUGAUCUACUAUCCACACUCUACCGACAUUGUAGGCAUCAUGAAGUAUAUUUUCUAACAUUGCGGGAUCCCGCGCACAGCUCUGAUUAACAUCAUUGACACACUGGUAUGCUCUGGAGAUGGGUCGCUUCUCAUUAUGUACCAGUAUACAAUUAUGGUACGGCUUGUGGAGCAAGAGCAAGAACUAGGGGCAUUGAUCUCGCCUGAAGAUAGAUUUUUCGUUGACUUCUUCCUGAAGCAGUUAGUGAGGGCCGGUAAGCUUAAAGUGCUGGAGCUGCGAAAGUGCAUUAUGGAAGGGGCUAUCUCAGUUGAAGCAGCAAGGAGAAUAGUCCCAAGGCCUGAUUUGGCAAGGAAGGACAUCAAAGAGAAGUAUCUUCGACUUCGGAUGGAGAGGGAGAAUGAUGGAAGCAAAAAACCAGCAACUUAGAUCUAUGACACAUCCAGUAGUCCAGAAAACUUAAAAACAACAAGACACUGUCAUACGAACAUAGUCUAAAUUUAAGAUUUACUAGGCCAUGUUUGGCGAAUUGUUGCUGCUCAAUUGUCAUCAAUUUUAAUAUCUUAGUGAGUCUACUCUAGUAUGGUUCCAAUUGAGGUCUUGCUCUUUUCGUUUUUGUCAAGAGGUGUGGGAUUGGACCGGAUUUAGAUAGAAGAUUGACUCCUUUCUUUCCAAAACUGACAAACGCCAUAUCAUACGUAUCGCGCAUUGGCCAUACCCUAUGUCAUGCUCACUUCUAUUCCAAAUGUGGCGUAGGGUUAAGUGAAGCUACCGGUGAGUGGUUGCAUCAGCGGUAUUUUCCUCUAUGACACUUGCCGAUGUUUUUGAUAUCCCCCUACACUGCCUCCAUUUCUCUACCCUCCCCACUCGCAACCACUUCAUUUUCCAAUCUCUAUUCAAACUUACCUUUUCACUGGAACCUUUUGGGGGGAUUGAAGGUAGGUGGAUAUACAAAUGAUAUCUGAUAGAACCUAACACCCAUGCCAGGCCUUCCCUAGUUUCCGAGCCACCCAACAGAAUAUCAAGAAGCAUACAUAGGAGACCAUAAUCCGCCCCACAAAGCCCCCUUAAUGGCAACUUCAUAUGAUGUGAGAAUACGCGACGCGAUUGCUGCGAUAGGCAAUCUCGAUAGGCGGUUGAGAGAGGAAUAUAUUCUCAUCGGUGGAGCAUCCCUCAUCUGUCUCGGCUCUACCCGGGCCACAUCAGACAUCGACCUCUUAGUGCCGGGUACAUCAAUUGCUCUCAUUGCCCCCAGCCUUGUUCAAUCCCCCGACUUCUCAUACCGGGCAGGGGCGAUCUCUAUCAAGGCAGGGGAAAUAGAGUUCCCGGUUGACAUUCUCGUCAAGGUUGUGGACGACCUGACCUUCGAAGACUUAGAACCGUUCACAAUAACCAUCCAGGACGGCAUCAGGACAUUGGACUUUCCGAUCGCACUAGGAAUAAAAAUUCGGUGCUUCUACCUGCGGAACGAUGAGACGAGUGCUGGCUUGGAGAAACAGCGAUCUGACCUCUAUGAUAUCCGUUUCAUCUGCGGUAAGAUGGAGGAGGCUAGCCGGGUGGUGGAUGACAUAGUUGCUAAGGCCAUCCGAGUUGGCUGCUACAAUAUGGCGCUCGUCAAACACGCAUUAGAGGAAUCGGGGGACCUCGCUGUGUUCCUUUCUGUUGGUGGGACCAAGUUUCAGGUCCCCUGGGAGGAAGAUACUGAGGAUCAGCGUGAAUAUUUUGCACUUCUGGAAGCGGAUGACGAGGAAAUAGAAGGCCCGUCAGAUGCUGGAGAGGAGGUAGGUGGCAAUAUCAAUCCAAGACAUUGGUGUUAGUUAGGGAUUCCAACCUCGAAGACGGCUAAGAGUUUUUUUCAACCAGAGGAACUUACACUAACCCCAUUCACUCCGGUUUCCGUCCGGGUGGGUGAGGUCGGAACACUGCCAGCAGGUAACGGCACGAAUUUUGAUUGCUCGUUUCUGCAAGGGGGCUUUUUUCUGGACUGUUCCUGGCGGUUUGGUGUCUAACACAACCUGCUUGUUAUUUAGCGAUAGCCCCGCCUUGUACUGUACCUAAAUUUGCUUUUCCUACGACGGGGCCACCCCACGAACACAGCCCAUGGUAACUCAACCAAGGACUAUAAGGCGUGGACUCGAAA